AGUGGGGCUCUGACCAACACACUGGAUCACUACGUCUCGGUGCAUCGCGUGACCGUGCUGCUGCCUCUCCCAGGGGAUAUGUUCGCCAGACACUACGAGAUGUCGAGUUCUCGCCAAACGCCCAGCGUCCUGUUCAUGAAGAUGUGGAGAGAGUACGAUAGUGACGGUAAUGGGUUCCUGGACAGAGAGGAGACCAGUAGUUUAGUGAGGAGGAUCCUGGCUAAACAGCAACAUAAAAUGGAGGACGGAUACGGGCUGGAGAGUGUAGGGUUCAAGAUAAAGGAAGAGGAGUUGCAGAGUUUUAUUGACACGUUAUUUGAACGUGGAGAUGUGAACGGAGAUGGUCGUCUCCAGUUGAGAGAGCUUGCAGAACUCCUAAAUAUUGAAAAGAACUUUCUAGAUAUCUGCCCAAAAUCGCUACAACAGAAGAACCUUGGAGAGAUAUUCAAGCACUACGAUCAUGAUGAAAGUGGAGUUGUAGAAGGGCCGGAGUUCCUGGCUUUUGUCCGGGAUGUUCUCAGAAUAGACCAGCAACCACUUAGCAGGAUGUCACGAAAGGAAUCAGACGUAAACGUAGAGGAAUUAGAACUGGCGGGGAGUAUGAUAAUGGGGCUGGUUGAUGAGAAUAAUGACGGAAAACUGGACAGAAAGGAACUUGGAGUCGUUAUGGAGAAGAAGAAGCAUAAACUCAUAAAAAAUCAGACUCAAUUCAUGAAAAUGCAAGAGAGCCACGAUCGGGGAGAACUGUGAAAAAAACAGAGAAUUCUAUUUAAGAUGGAUGUAACGGGACGCACGUAGAUUCAGAUUUUGAUGCAUGUAAAAAACU